GCUCUUUUCAUAAUAUUUAUUGCAUAUGGUUGGAGUUCAAUAUUUUAUGCAUACUCUUUCAGUUUUUUUAAAAAAACCUUGAUUUCUUCUAUAUCUUUAUUCAUAGCCAUAAAUUUAAUAUUGGGGAUGAUAGUUAAUUCUAUGCUGUUGGUUGCAAAAUUAACUGGGUUGUCUGAAACUCAUGAUAGCUCAUUUUCAUUUUGGUAUAAUAUUAUCCGGUAUGUGAUUUUGUUAGUGCCACAUUUUUCAUAUACUGCUUGCAUUGUUGGUUUUGUUUCUAUUUCAUGGUCAAAUAAUAUGUGUAAACUCUGUAAGACACCUGAUGCCCAUGAAGCAUGCAGUGGUUCUGAUUCAAAGAUGAAACAAUAUUUUGAAUUUGCUUCUAAAAAUAACUCGUAUGCUAUUUUAGAAGAGCUUUUAUUUUUAAUUUUUAGUAGUUUAAUCUACAUUGCAUUCAUACUUUUAAUGGACUAUAAAGUAUUUUCUACUUGUUACCAAUUUAUUUUCAAUAAAAUUGUUGGUUCUGGAGAAAGCUACAAAGAUGAUAAUGAAGAUCCUGAUGUUGGUGGUGAAAGAGAUAAAGUUGAUGCUGCUAAAGCUCGUGUUU